AUGAAUGCUAUUGAAACUGCUGCAACAGAAGCCACUUCUGACGAGUCAGAUACGUGGGAAUGGAUGAAACAACACACACAAGCAACUGCUGCUGUAGCUGUCAAUUCCCCUUCAGAAAAUAAAGUCGUUACAUCCCAUUCUAUCAAUGGCUUGCAUAAAGAAUCUUCUGCAGUAUUUCCUAAACUAGUUCAGUUGGAUAAUGGUUGGAUUGAUUCUACUCGAAAUGCCUCGACUGUGAAGCAAACCCCCCAAAAUACACUCAAAAUCCCCUUGAAGUCGGACAAGCAUUCAACUAGCACUAUCCAAUCUGAAACCUUGGAAAAUGCUUGUAUCUCAUCCCCAGCGUGGGAUUUUGAAAAUGAGCAUGAGAUUAUGCAGAGAUUCAAAAAGAGCAGCGAGCAGUUGUAUCCCAUAUUUCAUAUACACCAAAAUUCAAAAAAAAAGCGCUCUCGAAGCAAGCCUAAAAACGAGGUUAGGGAAAAUCCACUAUUGGAUAGCGAUGCUUGGAAAAGUAUUGUAAAGACAUUAGAGCUACCGUAUUCUGAUUCAAAAGAUGAGAUUGUAUUGCCACCUGCCAAGACCAAACGGACACGUAAAACAAAGAUUGAUCCACUCAUCUCUACAUCAUCUGAAACAGACACUAUCUUCUCUUGUAGUGCUUCUCAGUCAUUCAAAUCAAAUCAUGAUUUCGUAUCCUUGGAUGCAGAGGAUACACCCUGCAUUGAUUCUCAAGUAUGUUCAGCAUCUUUGGUCGAGAAUAUAAAACAGUCGACGAUAGCUUGGAAAGUAUCAAAAUCUUCGAGGUUAAAACAGGCUAAAUCAUCUGUUUCAAUUUCUCCGUCUUCCAAGGCUAGCAUAGUGUUGAAAGAGGCCAAGAAGAACAACUCUAUGCCAAUUCUAAACAUCAAGAAAAUAGUUGCUGCAUUGGGAUCUUAUGGUAUGAAAUCAAGUAUCAACCCAACAUCAAAAACCAUAUCUGAAACAUCUAUGCCAAUUCUGGAUACAAAGAAAAUAAUUGCUGCAUUGGGAUCUCAUGAUAUGAAAUCAAGUAUCAAACCAACAUCAAAAACCAUAUUUAAAACAUCUAUGCCAAUUCUGGAUACAAAGAAAAUAAUUGCUGCAUUGGGAUCUCAUGAUAUGAAAUCAAGUAUCAAACCAACAUCAAAAACCAUAUCUGAAACAUCUAUGCCAAUUCUGGACACAAAGAAAAUAGCUGCUGCAUUGGAAUCUCAUGAUAUGAAAUCAAGUAUCAACCCAGCAUCAAGAAUCGUACAUGCUUCGAUUCGACGAUCAAAGCUUUACAGAAGGAGGAUUCCUAAUAUCAAAACGAUAGUAUAA